AAAAACUUAGGUAGGGAGCAGAGAAUCAGAAAGGAGGUGAACAGAGAUGGGGGGGUACACUGCCUCAGAGAGAGAAAAACAAAGAGUUCGGUGGAGAGCAGACACUCUGAGUGACAGGAAGAUAGUAGAAUCCUGUGGCUGGGGAACAGUGGGUGGCAGAAAUGAGAGAGGGAGUCCCAUAAAGAGGGCUGGGGACCCAGAGGGCCAGGGCAAUAGUGACAGGGUGAGGAGUGGGAGAUAGUGACCCACAGACAGGCAGGGCCACGUGUCUCCUGCCAGCUCUGACAGGGACAGCUGCGGCCUAGCUGGGUAACCUGAGCCCCCCACCUCCCCCUCGCUGUAUUUAUAGCGCUGGCCUGGCCUGGUCUCCUGCCCUUGGCUCCAGGGACAGCAGGUCACAGGUGUGUGUGCUGGAGAGAGGUCCUUCCACCCCUGUCCAGGGCCUCCAUACUGUCAUCCACACUCUCGGCAAAGGCUCCCCCUCUGGCCAGAAACUCCCCAGAAUCCAAUCCCCAAUCCUUCUGUGGCAGAGGUCUCUCUUCUCGGAUGGGUCCCUCCAGCCCCCACAGUUGUCUUAGGCUCCCCCCAACUUGGCCCACUAAAAGUCUACCCAUUAUCUUUGCUGCUACCAAACAUGACCUUGUUGGCAGCCAAGUCAAGCCCUUGGUCCCCAGUCCUGGCCAGGCUAAGACCCCUUCACCUGCCCCUUCCCCAGCUCUGGGAGGGGGAAGACCAGGAGGGGAGGGGCAGGCGGGGACUGACCCAGAAUAACUCAGGGCAGAAAGUAAAUUUAGCCACAGAGAGGGGAGGAGAGAGACCCUAUUGGCUGGGAGGUGGGGAGGGAGGGCCUGAGAGGGGGGUGAGGGGGCUCCUGAGACAGCCUCGGAGGGGGGUCCAGCAGUGAGGGCCAGAAGGAAGGCAGACAGGCAGAGGCAACAGGGGACAUAGCAAAGGAAAGACACAGGCAGAAAGAACCAGAAGGACCCAAGAAGGGGCAAGGAACGCAACAUUCGUCCACAGAACCACAGAGGCAGCUGCAGCCAGCCCUAGGAGAAGCUCUGCUGCCUGUCUGUCCCCAUGGGCCACCGGGGGCCAUGGCUGCACACUUCUCUCCUCUGGGUGGCCGUGGCCAGCCUGCUCCUCCCCCCCGCCAUGACCCAGCAGCUGAGAGGGGCUGGGCCGGGCCCCAGCAACUGGAACAACAAUGCGGGAGUCGUGGGGCCCUCAGAGGACAUGUCUGGUGACUUUGGCCACUCCAUGCACAGCCACAGAGGCCACAAAGAUGAGAAUGAGGACGUCUCCAGGGAGUAUAGUCACGGAGACCACAGGUACCAAGUCCACGAGGUCAGAGAAGAGAACAUCCCGGAUGAGGAGGUCUUCGCCGAACAUGCUCAGCAGGCUGAUGGGCACAAAGGCCACAGGAGCGAAGAUGUGGAUGAUUUAGAUGAGCCCGGGCCCCACUUCCUCAGCCACAGAAGCCACAGCCACCAAGACGAGGAUGAGGAUGAAAUGGAGUCCAGCAAGGAUCACCAUCAUACCAUCAAGCACGUUCAUAGAGGCCACGGAGAAGAGGAUGAUGAAGAUGAAGAGGAAGGGGUGGUCUCCACUGAGUAUGGACACCAGGCCCAUGGGCACGGAGGCCACGGAAGGGAAGAGGAUGAAGAUGCUUCUGAUGAACAUCCCCAUCACAUCCCCAGCCACGGACACCGAGGCCAUGAGGAUGAUGAUGAUGUCUCCACCGAGUACGGACGCCAGGCCCACAGGCACCAAGGCCACGAGAGGGAAGAGGAUGAAGACCUCUCAGAUGAACAUCCCCAUCAUGUCCCCGGCCACGGGCACCGACGCCAUGGAGAAGAAGGUGAUGAUGAUGAUGAGGUCAUCUCCACCGAGUACGGACACAGGCACCGAGGCCACGGGAAGGAAGAGGAUGAAGACCUCUCAGAUGAACACAAUGAUCAUAGCCCCAGUCACGAACACCAAGGCCACAGAGAAGAUGAGGAAGAGGACAUGUCCACUGAGAAUGGACACCAGGCCCACAGGCACCGAGGCCAUGGGAGGGAAGACGACGAAGACAUCUCAGACGAACACCAUCACCAUAUCCCCAGCCACAGACACCAAGGCCAUGGAGACGAAGAUGGGGAUGAGGAUGAGUCCACCGAACACUGGCACCAGAUUCCCAGACAUACUCACCUUGGAGACGAGGAGGAAGAGGAAGAGGAGGUCACAGUCAUGUUCAGCCACCACGUUGCAAGCUCCCAACACCCGGGCCCCGAGAGCACGGAGGAGGACGACUUUCCAGAUGAAUAUAAGUCAGUAGCCCCUGCCCACGGAGUCCCCAAGGAUGAAGAUGAGGACAUCUCUGACAAGCUUGAUCAACAGGCUCCCAGCCACAAGCAACAAGGCCACCAAGAUGAAGGGCCUGGCCACAGAGGGUCUGCGGAAGAUGAGAUUAGCCACCAGCCCCUGGAACACAUGGGGGUCAAGGAUAGAAGCCAUUUGAGGGAGAGAGAUUCUGAGGAGGGAGAGAAGGAGGAAAACCAGAGCUCCCACGAGGAAGACGAUGAAAGCUCAGAACGGGGAGAAGAAGGCACCCGCCAUGGCAGCCUAGAUCAGCAGGAUGAAGAAGAUGAGGAGGAAGGUCAUGGCCUCAGCCUGAGCCAGGAGGAGGAGGAGGAGGAAGAGAAGGAGGAAGAGAAGAGGGAAGGGAGGGCUGAGGUUCAGACCCCACUGAGCCAAGACCACCGGGAGGGGGAAGAGGAGGAAGAUGGGCUGGAGGAAGAGGAGCUCCCCUUCACCAUCAUCCCUAACCCGAUGGCCAGGAGGGAGGUGGCCGGGCGUGGCUCCAGUGAGGAGCAGAGUGGCGAGGAGGCAGAUCUGCAGGGGGCACAGGAGUACAGCAACUACCAGCCUGGGUCCCUGUGCGGCUACUGCUCCUUCUGCAAUAGAUGCACUGAAUGUGAGAACUGUCACUGCGACGAGGAGAACAUGGGGGAGCACUGCGACCAGUGCCAGCACUGCCAGUUCUGCUACCUCUGCCCGCUGGUCUGCGAAACGGUCUGCACGCCGGGAAGCUACGUCGACUAUUUCUCCUCCUCCCUGUACCAAGCCCUGGCGGACAUGCUGGAAACUCCGGAACCCUGACCAUCCGGCCGCGGCGCAGACGCACCGGCCUGGUCCUCCGACCCCCUUCCCAUGAGCCGUAUUUAUUGAAUUGCAGUAUGAAUAAACAUGCUCCCCGAAA